AUUGCAGCAUUAUUAGAGAGUACUUGGCAGCCCCUCCUCCUCAGUCCUUCCCUUAAAACUCCCCGAUAUUUACGCAUCCUUCCGCACCCCUUCACGUUUUAUUCACCGCCAUUAAAGUAACCUUCUUCCUCCUUCUCUUCUUUUUAUAUUCUCAUUUCAUACUUCAAUUCCCAAACCCUACUUUCAUUUCCCCAAUUCCUAUUCUCUUUUCUUAAUUCAAUUUUGUUUUUUAUUUUGAUUAGGUUUUUGUUUUUAAUUAUCGAAUUUGUUGCACACUCUAAACGCCACUCUGAACAGAAUUCGCGGCGAACGAGGUUGAUCGGAUUAAGAUUGAUUCAAAUUCCUAAUUUGAUUAAUCAAGCAUAGAAUCGUUCUUUGUUUUCGAGGAAAGGUAAAAGGGAAUCUAGGGUUUAUAAAGUUGGGUGAUUAAGCGAUUCGGAUUCGAUUAGGGUUUUUUCAUUUCGAUUUUUAAUCAGAAAGAAUUCGUUUGGAAAUGGUGGAAAUCAUCGUCGGAUCGCCGAACGAUUGAUUGAAACCUUUAGAGAGGGUGGGUUUUGAUUUGUAUGGAAACUCGCAGCCGGAAGCGGGCGGAGGCGUCCUCAUCAGCCCCUUCUUCGUCGUCUGUAGGUCCCACAACUCGCGCCGCGAAACGCACUCGUCUUUCUUCUUCAUCCUCGUCUACCACCACUACUCCGGCAACUCGCUCUCGAACUCGCUCUAACGUACCUGUGACCCCUGUAACCAUGGAUGAGUCGUCGUCUCGUGGCGGCCGAAGAGGUAGAAACCAUGGUUCUGAUAAGGACAAUGAUAAGGGUAAGGAGAAGGAACAUGAGGUUGAGAAAGAGAGGGAGAAUGAGUUAGGGAUGAAUGUUUUCGACGACGACGAUGAUGAUAAUGACAAUGAUGAUAGUGAAGGAGGAGGUGGUGUGGGGCUUUUGCACCAGAACCUUACCUCUGCUAGCAGUGCCCUUCAGGGUUUGUUACGAAAACUCGGUGCUGGGCUCGAUGAUUUGCUCCCGUCUUCUGCUAUGGGUUCGGCCUCCUCUUCGUCCCACCAGAGUGGAAGGCUCAAGAAGAUACUUUCUGGAUUGAGGGCUGAUGGUGAGGAUGGGAAACAGGUUGAAGCAUUGACUCAGUUGUGUGAGUUGCUGUCAAUUGGGACUGAGGAUUCACUCAGUACAUUCUCUGUGGAUUCGUUUGUUCCUGUGCUCGUGGGGUUGCUUAAUCACGAGAGUAAUCCUGAUAUAAUGCUUCUUGCUGCGAGGGCGAUUACUCACUUGGUUGAUGUAUUGCCUUCUUCUUGUGCUGCUGUUGUUCAUUAUGGCGCGGUCAAUUGUUUCUGUGCUAGGCUGUUGACGAUUGAAUAUAUGGACUUGGCUGAGCAGUCUCUGCAAGCAUUAAAGAAGAUAUCUCAUGAGCACCCAACUGCGUGUUUGCGAGCUGGUGCACUAAUGGCAGUGCUUUCUUAUCUUGAUUUCUUUUCAACCGGAGUUCAGCGAGUGGCAUUAUCUACUGCUGCAAAUAUGUGCAAGAAGCUCCCUUCGGAUGCUGCUGAUUUUGUAAUGGAAGCUGUUCCUCACCUAACUAAUCUCCUUCAGUAUCAUGAUGCAAAGGUUCUAGAGCAUGCUUCUGUUUGCCUUACUCGAAUUGUUGAGGCCUUUGCUUCAUCUUCUGAUAAGCUUGAUGAGCUUUGCAAUCAUGGUCUGGUCACCCAGGCUGCUUCACUGAUUUCAACCAGUAAUUCUGGUGGGGGCCAGGCCUCCUUGACCACGUCUACUUACACAGGUUUGAUCCGACUUCUUGCUACAUGUGCAAGUGGGUCUACUGUGGGAGCCAAGACAUUGCUGUUGCUAGGUAUAAGUGGAAUACUCAAAGAUAUUUUGGCCGGAUCUGGACUUGUAGGAAAUAUGUCUGUAUCCCCUGCUCUUAGCAGGCCUCCAGAGCAGAUAUUUGAGAUUGUCAACCUUGCAAAUGAACUGCUUCCUCCACUUCCGCAAGGAACCAUCUCCCUUCCAGCAAGCUCUAACUUGUUUGUAAGAGGACCUCUUUUUAAGAAGUCACCAAUGAGCAGUUCUGGAAAGCAAGAGGAGACAAAUGGAAAUGUGCAAGACGUGUCAGCAAGAGAAAAACUCAUGAAUGAUCAGCCUGAGCUUCUACAGCAAUUUGGCAUUGACCUUCUUCCCGUGUUGAUACAGAUUCAUGGUUCAAGUGUGAAUGGUCCUGUCCGUCACAAAUGCCUUUCUGUGAUUGGUAAACUUAUGUUUUUCAGCACUGCAGAAAUGAUAUCAUCUCUGAACAGCACAACAAAUAUAUCAAGUUUUCUUUCUGGUGUUUUGGCUUGGAAGGAUCCACAAGUAUUAGUUCCGGCUCUACAAAUUGCAGAGAUAUUGAUGGAAAAACUCCCUGAGACAUUCUCCAAGAUGUUUGUGAGGGAAGGUGUAGUUCAUGCUGUGGAUUCGCUCAUAUCUUCUCCAUCAAACUCUAUUUCAGCUCAAACUGCUACCCCUGAAAAAGAUAGUGAUUCAGCUUUGGUAACAUCUGCACGUGCUAGACGUUUAAGGAGACGAAGUGGAAACCAGCAGCAAGAUGCCAACUCUCUGGAAGAGUUGAGGAAUUCAGUUUCAGUUAAUGUUGGUUCGCCUCCUACCUCUGUUGAAAUUCCAACUGCCAGUUCUAAUCUUCGCACAACUGUCAGUGGUUGUGCAAAGUCUUUUAAGGAUAAGUUCUUUCCUUCUGAUCCUGGGACUGUUGAUGUUGGUAUUUCGGAUGAUCUCUUGCACCUGAAGAAUUUAUGUGCAAAACUGAAUGCUGGUGUUGAGGAGCAAAAGUCUAAAGUGAAAGGAAAAUCGAAGACUGCUAGUGCUUAUGUUGCAGAUUUUGUAACUGGCAAAGAGGAGAGCUUAGUUGGAAUUGUUUCUGAGAUGCUAGCGGAACUAAGCAAAGGGGAUGGUGUUUCUACGUUUGAAUUCAUUGGCAGUGGGGUUGUUGCGGCCUUACUGAACUAUUUUUCCUGUGGUUACUUUAAUAAAGAGAAAAUUUCAGAGGUGAAUCUUCCUAAGCUUAGACAGCAGGCACUCAAAAGAUAUAAAUUGUUUAUCUCCAUUGCCCUUCCUACUAGUGGCAGUGGAGCGAAUGAUACUCCUAUGACUGUUUUAGUCCAAAAGCUUCAAAAUGCUUUAUCCUCACUGGAAAGGUUUCCAGUUGUAUUAAGUCAUUCAGCUAGGUCAUCAGGUGGGAGUGCACGGCUUUCAUCAGGUUUAAGUGCACUUUCUCAACCAUUUAAGUUGCGUCUAUGUAGAGCUCCAGGAGAGAAGUCUCUUCGUGAUUACUCUAAUACUGUUGUACUCAUUGAUCCAUUAGCAAGUUUAGCAGCUGUUGAGGAUUUCCUUUGGCCCCGAGUUCAACGAAGUGAAUCUGGGCAGAAGGCGUCCACUUCUGUGGGAAAUUCUGAGUCAGGACCUUCACCUACAGGAGCUGGUGCUUCAUCACCAGCUGCCUCCACCCCUGCUGCUAGCACUCGCCGCCAGUCAUCCAGAUCCAGAUCAGGUGUUAAUAUAGGGGACACUUCUAAAAAAGAUACUUCUCAGGACAAAACUACUAGCUCGUCAAAGGGGAAGGGCAAAGCUAUAUUAAAACCAUCACCAGAGGAAGGUAAAGGUCCUCAAACAAGAAAUGCUGUUCGUAGGAGAGCUGCCUCAGAUAAAGAUGCCCAAAUAAAAUCACCCACUGGAGAAUCUAGUUCUGAGGAUGAAGAUUUAGAGAUGUCUCCUGUUGACAUUGAUGAUGCAUUGGUAAUUGAAGAUGAUGAUAUCUCUGAUGAUGAAGAUGAUGACCAGGAUGAUGUACUGAGGGAUGAUUCUCUUCCUGCUUGUAUGGCUGAUAAAGUGCAUGAUGUGAAAUUGAGUGAUUCUGCUGAAGACGGUGCUGCUGCCCCUGCAACCAGUGAUAGUCAGAAUAAUCCUGCUUCAGGUUCCAGUAGUAGAGCUGCCACUGUAAGGGGGUCAGAUUCUACUGAUUUUCGGAGUGGGAGCUCUUUUGGUUCUAGGGGUGCAAUGUCAUUCGCAGCUGCUGCCAUGGCUGGACUUGCUUCUAACGGAAGAGGAAUUAGGGGAGGCAGAGAACGUCACGGACGUCCUCUUGGUGGUUCCAGUGACCCUCCUAAGUUAGUUUUCUCUGCUGGUGGCAAGCAACUUAAUCCGAACUUGACAAUCUAUCAGGCUAUCCAGCGACAGCUUGUGACCGAUGAAGAGGAGGAUGAGAGGUACAAUGGUAGUGAUCUUGUGACUAGUGAUGGUAGCAGGCUAUGGAGUGAUAUAUAUACAAUCAACUAUCAACGGGCUGAUAGCCAGGUUGAGAAGUCCCAUGGGGCUGUGAAUUCUGCCUCUCCAUCAAAGUCCACCAAAUCUGGAGCUGCUUCCGCUUCAAAUGCUGUUGCUGCCUCACACCGGUCACCUCUGGACAGUAUUUUGCAAGGGGAACUUCCCUGUGAUAUGGAGAAAAAUAAUCCAACGUAUAAUAUUUUGUCACUGCUUCGUGUACUGGAAGGUUUGAAUCAACUUGCCCCUCGUUUGAGGGUUCAAACAGCUUCUGAUAAAUUCUCAGAAGGGAUGAUUUCAGAUUUAAAUGAGUUGACUGUUGCUGGAGCUAGGGUUCUUACUUCAGAAUUUGUUAACAGCAAACUCACCCCUAAAUUGGCUAGGCAGAUACAAGAUGCACUUGCAUUAUGCAGUGGUAGUCUGCCAUCUUGGUGCUACCAGCUGACAAAAGCAUGUCCAUUUUUGUUUCCUUUUGAAACUCGUCGGCAGUUUUUCUAUUCAACUGCAUUUGGAUUGUCUAGGGCCUUGUAUCGUUUGCAGCAACAACAGGGUGAGGGUCAAGGGUCUAGUGAAAGGGAAGUUCGAGUUGGGAGGCUACAGCGCCAGAAGGUUCGUGUUUCACGAAAUCGCAUUUUAGAUUCUGCAGCAAAAGUUAUGGAAAUGUAUUCCAGCCAGAAGGCUGUCCUUGAAGUAGAGUAUUUUGGUGAGGUUGGGACAGGAUUGGGUCCAACACUGGAGUUUUACACCCUUUUGAGUCACGACCUGCAGAAAGUGGAUUUGAAAAUGUGGAGAACAAGUUCAUUUGACAAAUCUUCUAUGGAAAUUGAUAGUGAUAAUCAGAGCAAAGACGGGAAAUCUGAAGACAUCUCAGGAUUGAAUUAUGGGGAAAAUGCAAAUCUUGUCCAAUCCCCUCUUGGUUUGUUUCCUCGACCGUGGCCACCAAGUGCUGAUGCUUCAGAGAGCAGCCAUUUCAGCAAAGUUGUAGAACAUUUUCGACUUCUUGGACGAAUCAUGGCCAAAGCUCUUCAAGAUGGAAGACUUUUGGAUCUUCCAUUAUCAACAGCAUUUUACAAACUUGUGCUUGGACAGGAGCUUGAUUUGCAUGAUAUCCUUUCAUUUGAUCCAGAGGUUGGGAAAACUUUACGAGAAUUACAAGCCUUAGUCUGCAGAAAGCAGUAUUUAGAGUCAAUAGGUGGUGAUCAUCCAGAUGUGAUUGCGGAGUUGUGCUUUCGUGGAACUCCAAUUGAGGAUCUAUGUUUAGAUUUUACGCUUCCUGGAUAUCCAGAUUACGUCUUGAAACCAGGGGAUGAAAAUGUGGAUAUCAAUAAUUUGGAGGAAUACAUAUCAUUGGUGGUGGAUGCCACUGUUAAGUCUGGAGUUAUAAGGCAAAUGGAAGCUUUUAGGGCAGGCUUCAACCAGGUUUUCGACGUCACAUCUUUACAGAUAUUUUCUCCAGAUGAAUUAGAUUGCUUGCUUUGUGGCCGUAGAGAGUUGUGGAAGCCUGAUAUGCUUGUUGAUCACAUUAAAUUUGAUCAUGGAUACACAGCCAAAAGUCCUGCCAUUGUUUAUUUGCUUGAGAUUAUGGGUGAGUUCACACCAGAACAGCAACGUGCUUUUUGUCAAUUUGUCACUGGUGCGCCACGCCUUCCACCUGGUGGUUUGGCUGUGCUGAGCCCCAAAUUGACAAUUGUGAGGAAGCAUUCUUCAACCACCACCACAGCUUCAAAUGGAACAGGGCCUUCAGAAUCUGCGGAUGAUGAUUUGCCAAGUGUCAUGACCUGCGCCAAUUACCUUAAGCUUCCUCCUUACUCGACAAAGGAAAUUAUGUUCAAGAAGUUGCUUUAUGCUAUCAACGAAGGACAAGGAUCAUUUGAUUUGUCAUGAUUUAUGGGUCUGUCAAGUUAUCCAAAUGAGGUUUGUGAAUUCAACAUAAGGUUUGGGUGGCUAAAGACAUUCUUGCUUGGGCUGAAUAUGAUCUUUGAAGUAGAUUGUGUAUUGUGAUGAAAUAAUGCCUUGUGAAAGUGGUGGCUUAUAGGAAGUUUUUACUUUUGGAGAUGGCCUGGUUGAAUUUUGGGGUUCUGAUGUGGGUUUGUUUAGGUAUUUGAAACAUGUUUAAGAUCUGUCGUACAUUUUGUAUAUAAUUCCUUCUCCAACCUCACACAGAUUCGGGUGGUCUUCCAAGUUUCUUUCUAUUUUCCAUCGUUUCAGCAUCUGCAUUUUAGUAACAACAAUAAACAUCUACUCAAUUUCAGUUGCUAAGGAAAAGUGAUUUAGGGUGACUUCUUUGGAUCGGCGGCUUUUGGACAGAAUGGGUUCUUUUGUUACUGCCCUGCCUUUCGGGCAUGUAUAUAUUAGUUUCUGUGCUUGAGAUUUUCAUACAUUUUCUGAAAACAGUUGAUGUACUUCAAACAAAGAAAAUAGGAAAUAAUUUGUUCUUAAUCAUCUCUUAUAAUUAGUUCAUCAAGUUUUUAUAA